AUGAUGUUAGCAUCAGCAAUGAGUCCACAUGAUGUGGGUGCUCAGAUGACAACUGUGAAAUCGUACAUCUCUUUAAUUGCAGAUCCCACACCUGGAAUUGUUGAGAAAAAGCUAAAAGCUGCCCAGGAACUAAGUGAAAACUUUGAGGUGGAGAAUGAAGAAAAUGUGCUGGUGUGUCUACGAAUCAUCAUGGAGCUUCAUCGUCAAUACAGACCCCAAAUGAAUGAGGAAAUCCAAGGAUUUCUUCAAUUUGUAAAAAAUAUAUAUGCAAAUCUUCCAAAUUAUUUACAUAAGAUAUUUGAACUCAGGCAACAAAUCAAAGUUAAAGAUAUCACGGAAGUAAAUGUGGAUGUUUAUUUACAAGAAAUUUUCACCAUCACCACCAUCAUUACAGACAAAAAAAAUGCUGAUAAUCAAAGUGUAUCGGAUCUGGUUUCCCACAAUUCUCAACAGCUGGUACAAGGCCUUCUGGGAUUAUUCACACUUUGUCCCCCAGAAGUUGCUCAUCUUAGAAAAGAGCUUUUGAUUGCGGCACGCCAUAUACUUACAACUGAUUUGAGAAAUAAGUUCGUGCCUUGCAUAGAUAAAAUGUUUCAGGAAAAUGUGGUUAUUGGCAGCGGAUGGACUGCACAGGAAUCACACAGACCUUUGGCAUACAGCACUCUUGCUGACUUAAUUCACCACGUCCGACAGAAUUUACCUCUCAAUGACCUCUCUUUGGCUGUGAAUGUUUUUGCCAAGAAUGUACAUGAUGAAUCACUUCCCAGCAGUAUCCAAACGAUGUCAUGCAAAUUACUUCUCAAUCUUGUUGAAUGCAUUCGGACCAAGAGUGAUCAAGAAAGUGGGAAUGGACGUGAAUUGUUUAUGCGUAUGCUAGAAGUGUUUGUUUUGAAAUUUUUGACCAUUUCAAAAUCUCAGUUACCACAGAUAUUACAAAAAUGUGGUCAGAGUGUGAGGACAAAGGAAGAAAAAGAAGUAUUAGAACAUUUUGCUGGGGUUAUCAUUGCUAAUACCUUCCUUUCAAAUAUGACAACUUCAGCAACCUUUGCAACUAUUUUAGUAGAAUUCUUACUUGCCAGAAUGGAAGAAAUGGGAUCUUCAAAUACAGAACGUUCAAAUUUGUAUUUGAAACUUUUUAAAUUAGUUUUUGGCUCUGUUUCUCUAUUCGCGGCUGACAAUGAGCAGAUGUUAAAAGCACUCUGGCGUACUUUGAGAAAUCCAGCUGAUAACAUUGCUGUUGUGGCAUUCCGACUUCUUGGAAAGUUUGGUGGUGGUAAUCGUAAAAUGGUUAGAGAACCACAAAAGUUGAAUUUCAAUGAAAAAGAAACAGUUGGUCCUUGUGUGGUGAUUCACUUUCAAGAAUGUAAAACUCCAAUUAACUUACCUGUUGAAAAAUGUCUUCUGCAUUUAUUCUCUCACAGCAGUUACAGAGAAAAAGAUAUUCCAACGUCCUGUGGCAGUCUGUAUAAGAAUCCAGAUGCCAACUCGCGGAAAGUUCACGAACAGGCAUUAACUGGCAUGUUUGUUGCUGCAGCAAUUAAAGAACUAAGAAACCCAGUUUUAUCCUUCAUGGGCUGUAUGGUACGACAUUAUACAAUGGUGGCUAUUUCUCAACAAUGUGGCCCAUUCCCUGUCGGAGAGAAACAGAACAAGCUUCAAGGCAUGGAUACUCAGAUUUUAGUUGAUGCCAUUGCUGCUGUAAUGGGUCAUGAGGAGAAAGAACUUUGCAAACCUGGAAAUGUGGCUCUAAUGCUUAUAUUAAACACAGCAACGAUCAUAUUAGGUUCUCAGGAACGGGUAAUGCAUGCAUUGGAAGUACUUGCAGAAACAACCAAUAAAUCAGUUACUGAAAUCAUGGAACCUCACAGAGAAGUUCUCCAGGACAUGAUCCCACCCAAGAAACAUCUUCUUCACCAUCAACCUGCUAAUGCUCAGAUAGGCUUGAUGCUCAUAAACUUAUCAAGUUCAGAAGAUUCCCAUUUAAUGAAAAUGGCUUGCUGCAAAAAUGUUACCAAUUUGGUACCACUUCGGAAAAGUGCUUUACGAGCACUGGCUGCUUCUCAUUAUAUACAACCCAGCCGUGAAAAGAUCUUUCAUGUUUUGUAUAAAGCUUUGGACAGUAGCAACCCUGAAUUACAGGAAGCUGCACAUGAUUGUAUGAAAAAGGCUGGAAGCCCAUUUAGAGAACCUCUUUUGAAAUUCUUACUGAGGUUUCCUCGUCAAACUGUUGAUUUGUUCCUCAAUGUAAAUACCAUUAUUGAUCAACAAUGGACAAGGUAUCUGGAGAGCACCCCUGAUAUGCCGCCUGCACAGCAUGUCAAAGCGGAGAUGCAGUACCAGGCCAUACGUUUAAUUUCGCUCCUUGUAGCGAUGGAUGAAAAAUGGCUGGCUGACCAAGUUACUGUUGAUAACUUGGACUAUAUCCAUUGGCAAGAACCAUCCCUCUUAGUGCAAUGUCUAUUAACUUAUUUUAAGCACCAUACCAAAAAAAAGGAUCUUCUGUUUCAAAUUCUUCGCUGUUUUAUUCAUCGUUACAUUCCCCAGUUCCAGUUUGUCAAAGAAUUUUUGGAUGAUGUUGUUGCUGCGACUUAUCCUGUAGAGUGGAAGCGAGAAGCUUUCUUCGAGUUUGUUGAAGUUUUCCAUUUAAAAAAUUAUCCCCAAGAACUGAAAGCAAAAAACUUGAUACACUUUUUUUUCUUUAUCAUUUUUCUUUCUCUCCCUCUUUAUCGUUUUUCUUUCUCUCUCUCUCUCUUUAUCGUUUUUCUUUCUCUCUCUCUUUAUCGUUUUUCUUUCUCUCUCUCUCUAUCGUUUUUCUUUCUCUCCCUCUUUAUCGUUUUUCUUUCUCUCCCUCUUUAUCGUUUUUCUUUCUCUCCCUCUUUAUCGUUUUUCUUUCUCUCUCUCUCUCGUUUUUCUUUCUCUCUCUCUCUCUCUCUCGUUUUUCUUUCUCUCUCUCUCUCUCUCGUUUUUCUUUCUCUCUCUCUCUCUCGUUUUUCUCUCUCUCUCUCUCUCGUUUUUCUUUCUCUCUCUCUCUCGUUUUUCUUUCUCUCUCUCUCAUUUUUUUUUUUCUCUCUCUCUCGUUUUCUUUCUCUCUCUCUCUCAUUUUUCUUUCUCUCUCUCAUUUUCUUUCUCUCUCUCAUUUUUUCUCUCUCUCUCUCUUUUUUUUCUCUCUCUCUCUCAUUUUUCUUUCUCUCUCUCGUUUUUCUUUGUCUCUCUCGUUUUUCUUUGUCUCUCUCGUUUUUCUUUGUCUCUCUCGUUUUUCUUUGUCUCUCUCGUUUUUCUUUGUCUCUCUCGUUUUUCUUUGUCUCUCUCGUUUUUCUUUCUCUCUCUCUCGUUUUUUCUUUCUCUCUCUCGUUUUUCUUUGUCUCUCUCGUUUUUCUCUCUCUCUCUCAUUUUUCUCUCUCUCUCAUUUUUCUUUUUCUCUCUCUUUGUUUUUUCUUUGUCUCUCUCGUUUUUUUUUUCUCUCUCUCAUUUUCUUUGUCUCUCUCAUUUUUCUUUGUCUCUCUCAUUUUUCUUUGUCUCUCUCUUUUUUUCUUUGUCUCUCUCGUUUUUUCUUUGUCUCUCAGUUUUUCUUUUUCUCUUUUUCUUUCUCUCUUUUUCUCUCUCUCUCGUUUUUUCUUUCUCUCUCUCAUUUUUCUUUUCUCUCUCAUUUUCUUUCUCUCUCUCUCUUUCUUUUUCUCUCUCUCUCUAUCGUUUUCUUUUCUCUCUCUCUCUCUAUCAUUUUUCUUUCUCUCUCUCUCUCUAUCUUUUUCUUUCUCUCUCUCUCUCUCUCUCUCUCAUUUUCUUUCUCUCUCUCUCUCUAUCAUUUUUCUUUCUCUCUCUCUCUCUAUCAUUUUCUUUUCUCUCUCUCUCUCUAUCGUUUUUCAUUUCUCUCUCUCUCUCUCUCUUUUCUUUCUCUCUCUCUCUCUUCUUUUUUUCUCUCUCUCUCUCUCUAUCAUUUUCUUUUCUCUCUCUCUCUCUAUCAUUUUUCUUUCUCUCUCUCUCUCUAUCGUUUUUCUUUCUCUCUCUCUCUCUAUCGUUUUUCUUUCUCUCUCUCUCUCUCUAUUUUUUCUUUCUCUCUCUCUCUCUAUCGUUUUUCUUUCUCUCUCUCUCUCUCUAUCGUUUUUCUUUCUCUCUCUCUCUCUCUAUCGUUUUUCUUUCUCUCUCUCUCUCUCUAUCGUUUUUCUUUCUCUCUCUCUCUCUAUCGUUUUUCUUUCUCUCUCUCUCUCUAUCAUUUUUUUCUUUCUCUCUCUCUCUAUCAUUUUCUUUCUCUCUCUCUCUCUAUCAUUUUCUUUCUCUCUCUCUCUCUCUAUCAUUUUUCUUUUCUCUCUCUCUCUCUCGUUUUUCUUUUUCUCUUUCUCUCUCUCUCUCUCUAUCAUUUUCUUUUUCUCUCUCUCUCUCUAUUUUUUCUUUUCUCUCUCUCUCUAUCAUUUUCUUUCUCUCUCUCUCUCUAUCGUUUUCUUUCUCUCUCUCUCUAUCAUUUUCUUUCUCUCUCUCUCUCUAUCAUUUUCUUUCUCUCUCUCUCUCUCAUUUUUUUUUUCUCUCUCUCUCUCUAUCAUUUUCUUUCUCUCUCUCUCUAUCAUCAUUUUUUCUUUUCUCUCUCUCUCUCUAUCAUUUUCUUUCUCUCUCUCUCUCUAUCAUUUUUUUUCUUUCUCUCUCUAUCAUUUUCUUUCUCUCUCAUUUUCUUUCUCUCUCUCUCUCUAUCAUUUUUCUUUCUCUCUCUCUCUCUAUCAUUUUCUUUUCUCUCUCUCUCUAUCAUUUUUCUUUCUCUCUCUCUCUCUAUCGUUUUUCUUUCUCUCUCUCUCUCUAUCGUUUUUCUUUCUCUCUCUCUCUCUAUCGAUUUUCUUUCUCUCUCUCUCUCUAUCGUUUUUCUUUCUCUCUCUCUCUCUAUUUUUUUUUUCUUCUCUCUCUCUAUUUCUUUCUCUCUUCUUUUUUCUUUCUCUCUCUCUCUCUAUCAUUUUCUUUCUCUCUCUCUCUAUCAUUUUCUUUCUCUCUCUCUCUCUAUCAUUUUUCUUUCUCUCUCUCUCUCUAUCAUUUUCUUUCUCUCUCUCUCUCUAUCAUUUUUUCUUUUUCUCUCUCUCUCUCUAUCGUUUUCUCUCUCUCUCUCUCUAUCGUUUUCUUUCUCUCUCUCUCUCUAUCGUUUUCUUUCUCUCUCUCUCUCUAUCGUUUUCUUUUCUCUCUCUCUCUAUCGUUUUUUCUUUCUCUCUCUCUCUAUCGUUUUUUUCUUUCUCUCUCUCUCUAUCGUUUUUCUUUCUCUCUCUCUCUCUAUCGUUUUUCUUUCUCUCUCUCUCUCUAUCGUUUUUCUUUCUCUCUCUCUCUCUAUCGUUUUUCUUUCUCUCUCUCUCUCUAUCGUUUUUCUUUCUCUCUCUCUCUCUAUCGCAAUUAGUUGUUAGACAUUACAAAGUUUACUAUCCAGUAAGGCAUCAUCUUAUACAGCACAUGGUUAGUUCUUUGCAACGAUUGGGCUUCACUCCUAGCAAAAAAGAGAAUAUUUUAGCAAGUUUUAAACCCCUUCAACGUGGUAUUGCUGCAUGUUUAACAUGUCCCAAUCCCAAGGUUAUCCGGACUGUUCAUGCUUUGUUGUCCCGUCUGAUGAGCAUUUUCCCAACUGAAUCAGCAACAGCUUCUAUGGCCUCUAAAUAUGAGGAACUUGAAUGCCUCUAUGCAUGUGUUAGCAAAGUUGUCUAUGAUGGACUCUCAAACUAUGAGAAAUCCAAUGGAACUCCUCACAACAUCCUGUUUUCAACUCUAAUGAUUUUAAAAGCUGCGUGCAUGCAUAAUCCAUGCUAUAUAGACAGAUUGAUUACUACAUUCAUGAAAGUGCUACAAAAAAUGGCUCGAGAACAUCUUACAGCGAGUAAUACAGAAGCUAAUCCUGCUGCCAGUGAAUUGUUGAUUCUUAGUUUGGAUCUUGUCAAGAACAGAGUUGGAGUUCUAAGCAUUGAAAUGAGAAAAAGUUUUAUUGGCAAUAUUCUUGUGUGCCUUAUUGAGAAAACUCCAGAUUCAAAAGUGAUGAAGGCCAUCACAAAAAUGGUUGAAGACUGGGUUAAGACCAAGGUGUUUGAUAAAAGCAUGCGUAAACGUCUUUUUGACAGACUACUGUAUAUUAGCUGUUCACAAAAUUGGGAACACAUGCAAAGUCACUAUUGGAUUAAACAAUGUAUUGAGACGACUGUAUUUUUGAAUGCCUUGUCACAACUAUGUCAUAAUAGCACAGAAUUGGCUCACACAAUUUGGUUGCAUCUUUUCCCACGCAUUUGGAAAACUUUGUCAGAAAAACAGCAGCAGUAUUUGGGUCGCAGUCACAAUUUAUGGCAUCGUGCAUGCCUGAUGUUAGAGCAAAUGGCUUUUGAGAAUGGACCAACAACUGUUGUGAAAAAUAGGCCAGGUAGUGAAUUUGAAUUUGAACCUGUCACAAAUCCUCAUCAGGCAGCACAGCAGAUCAUGGAGCUCCAAGAAGCUGCACAGAUAAACCUAGGGCUUCAACCUGCCAAUAUCAACCGAAGCUCAUCUUUACAUGACCUAAAGGCCAUUGUUAAAACUUGGAGAUGUACAGUUCAUAUUAAAUACUUAUUAAUCCCUGCUUUUCUCUAG